CAGCCUAAGCAAAUCACCGACAUCAAGAGCUUCCUCGAGAUUGCCCGCAGGAAGGACGCCAGGUCCGCCCGGGUCAAGAAGACCGUCAAGGUCAACGGCUCCACCCAGACCAAGUUCAAGGUCAGGUGCAAGACCUACCUCUACACCCUCGUCGUAGAGGACUCGGAGAAGGCUGAGAAGCUGAAGCAGAGUCUGCCCCCUAGUGAGUAG